AAACACAACUCAAAUUAUACCUUACUAGUCAACAAAUAUAAACUCAAGAACCAAUCUCCCACUUCUCUAAAUUAACAUCAAAAAAAAAAAUGGACGGCAGCUGCACCGAUGAGAGCACAACCAGCGACACCAUUUCCAUAUCCCUUACACCAACUUCAAUCCUCUCCCCCUCUUCAUUUCCGCCGCCAUCAAAGUCACCUGAGUCACCGCUCUGCCGCGUCGGCAGCGGCGCAAGCGUUGUUCUCGACUCCGAAUCCGGCGUCGAAGCCGAGUCUCGUAAACUCCCUUCUUCUAAAUACAAAGGCGUUGUCCCGCAACCUAACGGUCGCUGGGGUGCGCAGAUUUACGAGAAGCACCAGCGAGUUUGGCUCGGUACGUUCAAUGAGGAAGAUGAAGCAGCCAGAGCUUACGAUAUCGCCGCUCAAAGAUUCCGCGGCCGUGAUGCUAUAACUAACUUUAAACCGCAAGGUAACGGUGCUGACUCGGAGCAAGACGAGAUCGAAUCGGUUUUCUUGAACUCACAUUCGAAGGCUGAAAUCGUUGAUAUGUUGAGGAAACAUACGUAUAAUGACGAGUUGGAACAAAGCAGACGUAACUACAGAGAUAAUAACGGUCAGGACAAGACUCAUUAUCGAACCGGGUUCGGUUUGAGUAAUGCUGGUUUUUCAGGUUCAGACCGGACCAUGAAAGCCCGGGAACAGCUCUUUGAAAAAGCGGUUACUCCAAGCGACGUCGGGAAAUUGAACCGGCUGGUUAUACCAAAACAACACGCGGAGAAGCAUUUUCCGUUACAAAGUGGGAGCAAUAGUACGAAAGGAGUGUUAUUAAAUUUUGAAGAUGUAACCGGAAAGGUUUGGAGAUUUCGAUAUUCGUAUUGGAAUAGUAGCCAGAGCUAUGUAUUAACCAAAGGGUGGAGCCGGUUCGUUAAGGAAAAGAACUUAAAAGCCGGUGACAUUGUUAGCUUCCAGAGGUCGACCGGACCGGAUAAACAGCUUUUUAUUGAUUGGAAAGUUAGGACAUUGACCGGGUCAAACCCAGUUAUUUGCUCGGUUCAACCGGUUCAGAUGGUUCGGUUAUUUGGGGUUAAUAUCUUUAAAGUGCCUGGAGAUAGUAGUAAUAAUGUUGGAGGGUGUAAUGGGAAAAGAAUGAGGGAAAUGGAACUUUUAUCCUUAGAUUGUAUUAAGAAACAAAGGGUAAUUGGGGCUUUGUAACAUUUUGUAAUUUUUGUUUUUGUAAUUUUGUUUUUUGUUAGGGGAAGGGGAAGACAAAAAAAAGGGUGGGGAAGGAGGUGGUGUUAGAUGCAAGUUGCAAAAGAUGAAAUUGUAAAUUACAAGACAAAAAAGCUGAAGAAAGCUGAAAUUAGGUGCAACAAAAAAAAAUAGUAAUAGAUAACUGUCGAUUUGUUCUGUUCA